AUGGAGAGUCUCAAUCUGACAUCAAAUUUUACUUUUCUUGGGUUCUCGGACCUUCAUUAUAACCAUGCCGCUCUGUUCUGUGUCUUUCUGGUCAUUUACACCCUGACGUGGACGGGAAACGCCACCCUACUAAGUGCUAUUAAGCUGUCCCCCCAGCUUCACACUCCCAUGUACUUCUUCUUGGGGAAUCUGUCCCUCGUUGACAUAUCUUUCUCUACAGUCACAGUACCAAGACUGCUGGGCAGUGUCCUUCAUGGGGUGACAACCAUCUCAUUUACCGGCUGCUUUGUCCAGAUGUAUUUUUUUCUGUCUCUUGGAAACACUGAGAAUUUUCUGUUGGCAGUCAUGGCUUUUGACCGAUAUUUGGCCAUUUGCAAGCCGUUGCAAUACAGAUCAAUUAUGAUCAAGAAGCUACUGAUCAUGAUGGUUUGGGGCUGCUGGACAUUUGCCUCCCUUCACUCAUUCUUACACACAUACACCAUCUCUCUCCUGACCUAUUGUGAGAAGCGACUGAUCCCCCAUUUCUUCUGUGAUGCAACGGUUCUAAUUAAACUCUCCUGCUCCAGCACCACUUUUAACGAGCUGUUAAUUUUUACCGAGGCAUCUCUAGCCAUCAUGGUCCCUUUUCUCCUCAUCCUGGUGUCCUACGUCCUCAUUGCUCGAGCUAUAUUCAAACUGAAGACUUCCACCGGCAGAAGUAAAGCCUUCUCCUCAUGCUCGUCCCACCUCACUGUUAUCUGUCUGUUCUACGGAACGGUUAUCUUCAUUUAUUUCCGUCCUCCAUCAAUCUACUCGCCCACCUAUGAUCGUCUUGUAAGCAUGGUUUUUUCAAUAAUAAUUCCCAUGUUAAAUCCUUUUAUAUACAGCCUGCGCAACCAGGAGGUGAAAAAUACUCUCAAAAAGUCUAUAUUGGCAACACGUCCCCAGGAAAGACGGCAAUGA